AUGGCCGACGCACACGGCUCUACCACUCCUCCACCGCCAUCCCGCAUCCGCACUCCGCCAACUCCUCGCCUUGGUUACCAAGACCACUGGGAACCCUUUUCACCUCGCAAGUCUGCACGAAUUUCAUCACAACGAACAAGGACUCCAUCACCCGGCGCAUCAAAUCGUCAACCUCAAUCACCUCAAACUAGCAAAAAGUCUACCAAGCAUUCGAACACCUCUAUCGCCUCUCCUAUGACGCAUAAGAAGCGCAUGCCCGCCAACGAUUUUGUUCGCCGCGCAACGGAAAACAUGCAAGCUGAAACUUCUCGAGAUGGCGCCAGCCGUCGUACUCAUGAGCGAUCCGGCUCUUCCGUCAUCGGUGCCGCUGGCAUGCUUCCUACACCAUCAAAAACUCCUCAAAAGCCACCCACUGAGAAGAAAACCGCCCACAUCAAAUCAGUUGCUCGUAACCUCUUCGGCUCUGACGCCGAUGAAGCAACCUUAACUCCUAAGAAGCGAUCUGCUAAGAAGUACAGCGGUAUUUCGAUGGAAAGCUUUGCUGUGGAGGAGGUCGAGGAUCCCAUUGAGAUAUUCACUGAUACUCGGGAUCGAGUUCCUGUUCGCGAUGAGCGAGAAGACAAUCCUUUCCUCAGCUCAGAAAACCCCUUCUACAGCGAAGCACCCCGUGCUGCGCCUAGCAAACGUCACGACAGGCGCAAGGUCAAGGUUCCUGGUGAGGGUCUGAGGACUGUGGAUGAGCUCGCCGACCGUAAGGAUGGUAUGGUGUACACAUUCCGUGGAAAGAGAUUCUUCCGCAAGUGGUCUGAACAUGAGACUGAAGAUCUGGAUGAGCUUGAAACUGUUGAAGAAGACCCAGAAGCUCAUCUCAGCCGUCCUUUGACACGAGCUUCAAUCAAACCUUGUCUCCUUUUCCAAAGUGUCAAGACAGAUGAGCAGAUUGAAGAGGAAGAAGCCGUUACGGACGUUGAGGAAAACGAGGAAGAACCGGCUUGCCCAGCGACACCAUCGGUAUCCAAGAAGGAGCGCGCAUCUACACCUGAAGCGCCUAAAUUUGCACCAGCUUCACCUCCCUCCACUCGACGAGUGACUCGAUCUACCAACAAGUUGGAAGACGAGAGCACGCCUAUCAAGCCGCCCAGCAAGCGAAGCCCCUUUGCUUCUUGGCGACGAACAAAGGAAAGCGUGCCCAAAUCACUGUCACGCAAACGAUCAGCAGAAAGCAUUGACACUAGGGAGACCAAGCGUAGCCGCGUUUAG